AUGAGUUCAUGUUCCAUCUGUCUGGAUGUGUUCAGCAGCCCGGUUACCACACCGUGUGGACACAACUUCUGCAGAACCUGUAUUACAAAGUUCUGGGAUGAACAAGUCAAGUACAAAUGUCCUGUUUGCAACCAGAUUUUCGACACAAAACCUGAUCCACGGGUCAAUACCCUCUUAUCACAGCUGGCUGCUCAGUUUGGGACAACCGUACGAGUUAAAGAGCAGCCUUGUGUUGAACCAGCAGAAGUUCCCUGUGACUUCUGUACUGGGACCCAGCAGAAGGCUGUGAAGUCCUGCCUAGAGUGUUUUAUGUCUUUCUGCCAAACCCACCUGGAGCCACAUCAGAGAGUCGCAGUCCUGAAGGGACAUCGGCUGGUCGAGCCUAUGGACCGUCUGGAAGACAGGAUGUGUAAGAAACACAACCGACUUCUGGAGCUCUUCUGCCCGACUGAACAGGUGUGUGUGUGUCAGUUCUGCACAGAGAUAGACCACAAGUCCCAUCCUGUUGUUCCUCUGAAGGAGGAAUAUGAAGUGAAGACGGCCCAGCUGGGGAAGAUAGAGGCUGAAGUUCCACAGAUGAUCCAGGAGAGAAAAGAAAAGAUUAAGGAGAUCAAAGACAGAGUAGAACUGAGCAACAAAGAUGCAGACAGAGAGAUAGCCAUUGGUGGGCAGGUCUUCACUGCUCUGAUAGGCUGUGUUGAAAAGUGCCGGGAUGAAUUCAACCAAACGGUUCAAGAGGAACUGAAAUCCACAGAGAAACAAGCUGAAGACCUCAUCAAAGAGCUGGAGCAGGAAAUAGAAGAUCUGACCAAUAGAUGCUCAGAGGUGAAGCAGCUCUCACACACUAAAGACCACCUCCACUUCCUCCAGACCUUCAGAUCCCUGAAGGAUCCUCCACCCACCAGGGACUGGACCACGGUGGAGGUCCGUCCUCCGUCAUACGUAGGGACCUUGAGGAGAUCCCUGGAUCAGCUGGAGGAGACACUGAACAUGGAUAUGAAGAAGCUGAGUGAUGAUGCUGUACUGAAGAGGGUCCAGCAGUAUGAAGUAGAUGUGACUCUGGAUCCUGAUACAGCUCAUCCCGAGCUCAUCCUGUCUGAAGAUGGGAAACAAGUACAUGAUGGAGGUGUGAGGAAGGUACUCCCAGAAAACCCUAAGAGAUUUACAAGGUAUACAUUUGUUCUCACGAGGCAGAGCUUCUCCUCAGGGAGAUUUUACUUUGAGGUCCAGGUUAAAGACAAGACUUAUUGGUGGUUAGGAGUGGUCAGAGAGUCCAUCAACAGAAAAGGUGGGAGAGACACCCCUGAGACGGGUUACUGGACUCUUCACUGCUACAAGGAUGAGUUGGUAUUCAUAGAUAACCCUGUUGUCCGUCUCCCUCUGAGAGCUGAGCUCCAGAAGGUGGGGGUGUUUGUUGAUUAUGAUGAGGGUGUGGUCUCCUUCUAUGAUGUGGAAGCCAGGGUUCAUCUCUACUCUGCUACUGGCUGCACCUUCAGUGAGCCUCUCUAUCCAUUCCUCUUCCCAGGUCCCCGUGUUUAUGAAGGUAACAACUCUGCCCCCCUGAUCAUCUCACCUGUCAAUCAAACAGACUAGGACCUUUGUUUGAUAAUAAAACAACGAAACAACCAAAACAACUAAUGUUGUUUACUGAAUUAGAAUCUCUACUCUGUGAGAUCUGAGAGAACUGCUUUAAUGUCGUACUGCUGACAUUUAACGAGGAGAUGUUCUUUAAGAACAUGAUCGCAGUUGUUGAAUUCAACCCAUUAUAAAUGGUUAGAUUACAAUAUAUCUUAUUCAUGUUUCCUCAAGUUUUUUUUUACGUUUAAUGCUACAUUAAACCUACAAUACCUACAAUAUCUUUUUAAUUGAUCUUGGGGUCCCAGGCCAGCUCGGGGUCCCCUCGAGGGGGAUCCCCAUAACAGUGUCAUUGCACUUUACUGCAUUGACUAUCAAAGGGGCGCUCACACAGUUUGUCGUUGCAUUUUAUUCAUAACCAGUCGUUGUCUUGGGGCCCCAGGCCAGCUCGGGGCCCCAAGCGGUUUGCUUGCCUUCUCGCGACGGGCCUGGUUGUCUCUGACUGAAGGUGAACUCCUCGGUCUGGUUCAUCUGCCCUAAUCUAUCCCCAGUUUUUGAACAUAGCCCAUUUUAAAUGCUUAGAUUCCAAUAUAUAUCAUUCAUGUUUUCUCAAGAUUUUUUGACACGUUUAAUGCUAUAACAUAGUAAACAGUUGCAUUCAUGGAGAAUAUUUUUUGAUGUUUCAUUUGUAUAAUAAUGACCCAAUAACCUUUUCUUAAAAUCUUCAUUGGUUUUACUUCUGAACCCUUUUCUCAUUUCUUUUAUUUAAAACAAAAGACGAAAAAUGGAAUGUGUGGGUCUACAAUAUCAUUUGAAUUGAUCAUUUCAGAUACAUUCCAGUCCAAUAGAGUUGUGUAGAAAUACU